UACGCGGUGUUCCACGUGCCGAUCACACGUGGAGUCGCGGAGCCCGGACCCCGGCCUUGUGGGGGGGGGCGUCUCUUACCAAGCUCUGCCGGGGACCUCGCACCGAACGCGGUAGGGGCGCUAGAAUAGCAGCCAUGGGUUCCUUUCGUCCAACUCGCAUUCAGAACAUCCCCCAACUUGGUGAGAAAAUAAGCACCGAGACCCUCUACUGGAAGGCUUAUCGGAGUCCGGUUCAGAUCAACGAGUAUGGCGCCGUCACGCACGUGCACUUCUCUCCGACUGCUCCGCACCACUUCGCCGUGUCCGCCUCUACCAGGGUGCACGUGUACGCGGCCCACUCCGCCGAGCCUCAGCGCACGUUCACGCGGUUCCGUGACGUGGCCUUCGGCGCGACGUUCCGCACCGACGGGCGCCUGCUGGUGGCCGGCAGCGAGGAGGGGGUGGUGCGAGUGUUCGAGGCGCAGGGACGGGUGCCGCUGCGUAGCUUUGACGGGCACAAGCGUGCGGUGCGUGUGUCGUGCUUCAUGAGCGACGGGCUGCGCGUGCUCUCGGGAUCGGACGACUGCACAGCGCGGCUCUGGGACGUGGCGACCGGCGCGCAGCUUUCGUCCUUCGCGAGCCACGGAGACUACGUGCGGUCGGCGCACCCGUGCACCCUCAACCCCAACCUCUUCAUCACCGGCUCGUACGAUCACAUGGUGCGGGUGUUCGACGUGCGGCAGCCGGACGCGGUGCUGACGCUGGACCACGGCUUCCCUGUCGAGAGCGUGCUCGCCUUCCCCUCCGAGGGGCUCUACGCGUCAGCCGGCGGGCGGCUGGUGAAGGUGUGGGACGCCGUGCGUGGAGGGCACCUCCUCGCCUGCCUCCGGCACCACCACAAGACGGUGACGGCGCUCACCCUCAACGGCGCCGGCGACCGGCUGCUCACCGCCUCGCUUGACAGGCACGUGAAGGUGUUGAGCACGACCACGUUCAAGCCGGUGCACAGCUUCGACUACCCGGCUGCCAUCCUCAGCCUCGGCAUCUCUCCGGAUGACCAGACGCUGGUCGCUGGAAUGACCAAUGGGCUUUUGAGCGUUCGGAACCGCAAGACGGAGGAGCGCCAAAAGCCGGAGCCUCGCCGCCGACGCAGCGCCUCCUACCGCUACUACGUCCGCGGAAAGGACUACCUGCCCAAGAAGGGCGAUGUCAAGGUGAGCUUCCAGGCGCGGGUUCACCAGCAGAAGUACGACAAGCUGCUCAGGACCUUCCAGCACUCGCACGCACUGGACGCCGUGCUCGAGUCCCAGGUGGCGUCACGACACCCGGAGGUGACGGUGAGCGUGAUGGCGGAGCUGGCGCGCAGGCAGGCGUUGGAGAGUGCCAUCGCCGGGCGCGACGAGCAGCAGCUGCUGGUUCUGCUCGCGUUCCUCUUGCGGAACAUGCUGGACCCGCGAUUCUCCUCCGUCCUCACCACAGUUGCUGAUGCCCUCAUCGACAUCUACGGCUCGACGCUGCACAAGUCGCGGGUCGUGGCGCAGCGCUUCGAGAAGUUGGCGGAGCUCAUCGAGCGCGAGGUCUCCUUCCAGCAGGAGCUGCUCGCCGCCAUGGGCAUGAUGGACGCCCUCUUCGCGGCCAACGCCGAGCGCAAGCACGCGCAGGGCGACGCACUGCCGGCGCUCGCCCCGACCCCGGCCGUGCCGGUGCCGGCGACUCCUGCGGUCGCGACAUCAUAGCCCAACGGUCUCCUCCCCCCCCCCGCUGCCCCCUUCGCGGCCCGUCACCUCCGUUAGACAUGAGGCGACACUUCCAGGGAUUUACUUCAGCUGGGUCUGCGCUCUGGUUCAGCGGCCCUGGUAACUGCUUGCGAGCCUCAGCAGUUUACGUGUCGUGUUUUCCCUCGCGCUGCGCGGUCUCGAAGUGGCCCGGGGGGGCGGCAACCGGUAGCGUUGUUCGCCGCUGGUUGCAGUGGUUCGGAACCCACCGGCGGCCCCGGUUCAUACACUGCAAGUGUACGAGCCGUAGCUACGGCGCCGUCUGCUGUGCAGUGGACGUUCAAGAUCCCCUGAUGUCAUUUGGGUUGGGCCACGUGUUGCGUUGCGAGCGUGUUGCGGUCCAAAUUAGCCAA